AUGGCCGCCGUGCAGAAGUACACGCGAGCAGAUGUGGCCAGUCGCAACGGCAAGGGCGGCGCGCCCGUGUGGAUGAUAUACAAGGACUCCGUGUAUGACGUCACACGCUACGUGCCGGAGCACCCCGCGGGCGACGUGAUGCUGGAGGAGGCGGGCGCCGACUGCACGCAGGCCUUCGACGAGUCCGACCACUCCAAGGACGCGCUCACCAUCCUGCAGAAGUACAAGAUUGGGGAGAUCGUUGACGAGGAGAAACGCUACGACGCCAAUGGCAAGAAGAUAAAGAAGAAGAAGGUGGUGGCAGCAGUUCCAGACGCCAGCAGUCGCGGCUGCCUCAGCAUCAUCACCUGCGGCCUGCUGGGCUGAUGACUCCAGCACCUGCCGACACUAGUCAUUGCUACCGAUACUGCCGCCCUGUCCUGCCAGAGCUAGGCAAUGCCAUGCACAGGACUCUAAUAUCGCAGCCACACUCGCCGCUCGCGCUGCCGCGAUUGUUGCCUAUCAAUGGUUUCACAAUGGUGAAACCGCGCGGCGUCAGCUAGUACGAGGAUAAAACAUCGCUUUGUGACACUCAAUAAUAUUGUGGCUCUCUAUUGGUAAAAGAAUUUUUAAAAUAGGUUCAGUAGAUCAAUAGAAUUUCCCCUACAACCUCACAGACCCACAAACUCACAAAUUUUAAUAGGUAGGAGUAGGUACUACCUAUUAUAGAAUUCGUACCUACCCUGAGUGCUUAAAAUUAUAAAAUGGAUUUGUAAACAGACGGCAGGUUUAAAUAUUAUACAUAGAAUAAUUUGUAAAUAAUAAGCAGGUAAUUUAAUGAUUGUAGGUAUUACGUAUUUUUAAUUAAGUUGUGUAAUAUAAGUAUUUUACUGUUGCAUUAGUCCAGAGGUUAGU